AUGAAAGCAGAGACCGAAUUGGAUCUUGCGCUUAGCUAUCCUCAUAUUCGAUUAUUCGAAGUAGAUGAAUAUUUCUCAAAUGUAACAAUACACGAGUUAAAAAUGAAGAGCAUUCCUCUUCGAUGGAACCUACCAACAUCGAGAACACUAUCACAGUUUUCAGCGAUAUGUUGGAUGUAUGGUAGACGAUUGUUUGAUCAAUAUCAUGUUCCAAUUGGUCUAAUCUCUUCUAAUUUUGGUGGCACGCGUAUAGAAGCUUGGUCGUCACCAGAUAUGUUAGCAAGAUGUAACGCGUCCAGCAACAACGAAAAUUCGGCAUCACAGCUUUGGAACGCCAUGGUAUAUCCAUUAUUAACAACUACCAUAUUUGGUGUGAUUUGGUACCAAGGAGAAAGUAAUACUCCAGAUCCAGAUACAUACAACUGCACCUUUCCAGCAAUGAUUGCUGGAUGGAGAAAAGAAUGGUACAAAUCUACUGAGAAAAGUACAGACCCAAUGUUUCCCUUUGGAUUUGUUCAGGUAUAUUCCCAAACAUGUUAUCGUUUUACUUGUGGCCUACUUUUGUAUUUUAACGGCAUUAAGACAGUAUACCUGCCUUCGAAAGUUAAAGUAAAAUAA